AUGGGACUUUUCGGCAGCUCCAAGAAGGCGAAGCAAGCCAGUGAUGCCACCAGCGACGCCUCAGUUUCUCGUGGGACCAGUCGGCUGAGACUGGCGCUGAGGGAACGCCCUCUGUCUUCCUCCUCUCGAACGGGAUCGACCGCCACCACCGCGGAACUGUCCUCAAACGAUGAUGGCCGAGGUCGGAGUCGUCCUAAGGUUACGGUGACCAGUCACGCUACCGAAGAUGCUGAGUUAGCUCCUGGUGAAGGCGAAGAAGGCGACGAAACGUCAGAGGCUCGCAAGGCCCAGUUGCGUAAAUUGGAUGAGAAGGCGCCUGAUGUACUCGGAGCAGAUGCCGUCGACGACGACGAAACCAAGGCUAAUACUAAGAAAAACGCCAUGCUCUUCCACUUCUCCGACGAGCUGAUCGAUGGCUAUCGCCGGGAACACACUGCUUCCGAUUUAUUGGGGAGACUAUACUAUGACGAUUACGAUACCGAAAACCCGCAGCUGCUCCUGGGGACAGCCACACCGUUAUUGACACCACAGGUGACGGGGGAAUCGACUAGUAACUCGACACUGAGGCUGAGCUCAACACGACCAUCGCUUAACCGGCUCUCGUCGUUUGAGCGCGGUAUCUCAUUUGAUACUAGCGACAACAAUCUGCGCAAGACGAUGACCUAUAAAGUGAAACACCCUCAGUUCAAGUUUCGCCGCAAUAAUAAGACCUACUUGGCUGGUUUCAAUAAUCUGAUUGAGUCGUUGAAGGCCAUUGAGUGGUUAUUUGACGAAAUGAUCGUCCACGGCGACACAAUCGUUGUCCUCUCAGUGUUAGAUGAAAAGCGAUACUCGACCAUCGACCGCAAUACCGCCAUGGCGGCGCUUUCGAAGAUUGAGAACCUAAACGAAGUCCACCGCAAGAAAGUUAAACUCAUAUUUGAGGUGGCGAUCGGUAAACCGCAAAAGCUUUUGAAAAACGCUAUUAACGAGUACGACCCUCAGAUGAUGAUUAUCGGUACUCGCCAUUACGAUCGCAAGAUGGCUAAGCCGCUUUUCGCUAAAGAACUGUUCCUGAAGCAUUUCUUGGAGUGUGCUCUUGUCCCUGUGAUCCUCGUCAAACCCACUUAUCACUACGUCGAAGAAUUACCUAAACCUAUCGAUGGCCACCAGUACUUUGAGAACUGGCUCCGCAGUAUCGAUGUCGCCGGCUCCUACGAUAAGAAGCGCAAAAAGGGGAUGUUCAGUCCCCUGGCGUCGCGAGGCAACUCCUACACCAACCUCUCCCAGCUUGUGCCUGACCGAGGUCCUACUCUUUCGCGAGGCAACUCAGGCACUGCUCUUUCACGAGGUAACUCAUCACCAGGUCUCGAUGUGCUUGUGGCCGAACGGUUAGCGGCUACUGAACGUGGCCGUCCGCGAGACACUGUGCAUCGAGAGCGUGGCCGCUCACCAGCUCCGCCGCUGGGGGGACAAGGGGCACUUCUGCCGCCGCUGCGAUCGCGGUCUCGUCUGAGAAACCGAUUGCUGGCUCUCUUUAGCAUCGGCGAUAAGUAA